AUGGUAAUUACGAUACAGCGAUACACUAAGGGGAAAAGGGACGCAAAAGGGAAGCAAAAGGCAGCCACAAAAUUACCAAAGUUACAGAGUUACGCUAGCAUCGCCUCGAAAAGACUAAAAAUAAAUUACAACCUUCUGGCCCGAGCAGCUUUUUUUGCUUCUUCUGCUGGAAAAUCUUCUUCUUGCUUUCUGCGUCUGCGCGAACUCAGUCGAAAGAAGAGGGACAAGCAGCAGAGAGCAGGAACAGGCACAGGAACAGGUGAAGAUCGGGGAGAGAGCCAAAAAGUAAGGGAGGAUGGCAAAAGCUGGCUCCCGCAAAGGUACAUGAAGCAAGCAGCAUCAGCCUCCCUGCCUGUCUCUCCCUCUGCCUCUCGCGCUCUUCCAGCUGGCUCGGUUUGA